AUGGGCGGGGAAGUCGCAGGGGACGGCGGCGGGGGAAAUCUCAGGGGACAGCGGCGCCUCAAGCAACUUCCAACGCCGGCGACGAGCGCGACCUUCACGGGCUGGAUGACGACAGGAUGCGGGCAACGGGCGCGAGCUGGAAGACGAUGGGAUUCGAGCGGCGGACGGGGGCGGGCGCUGGCGGCGGGGGCUCCAGCUGCUCCUGUCUCCGGCGGCGGACGGGGCGGAGUGCUGGCGGUGGACGGGGGCGGACGCUGGCGACGAGGCGGCGGGGCCGGAGCUGGCAGCGAGGCGGCGGACGGGGCGGACGCUGGCGACGGGGGCGACGGAUGGGGGCGGACGCAGGCGUCGUGA